AUGUCAGGUGAUGAAAGCUUUGCUAAAAGACUUCAGGAUAUAGAGUGAGGUCAUAUUGUUGAUCUUCCUCAAAAAGGAAAUGAAGAGAUAAAGCAGCCAGCACCUCUAGAAAUUAAUGAAAAGAACGAUAAGCCUGAACCUGCUCAGACAAAUAAUCAUGCUACAGCUCCUGCUGAAAUUAGCGAAGAUCUCCUUACAAUUAAAAAGUUUGGAGAUUGAAAUUUCAGAUUUUCUAUCGUUGAUGGCAUAUUAGUGCUCUUUUAUGGCGUAGGCGGUUUAUUUAUACUUUUCUCAUUGGCAGUUUUGCCAAUCUUUUUCGCUAGCUGCCGUGCUCGUCUAUCGCAAGUUUUAUUGAAUUUUAGUUCUUUUGCAGCUAUUUUAUGUUUCGGGAACUCUAAUUCUGAGAAUUAUUUUGGCAAUUAUUAUAAAAGAUAA